CUCUUCACUGAUGGCAUCACCAACAAGCUGGUGGCCUGUUACACGGAUGAGGGGAUGGCAGAUGCAGUGCUGGUCCGUGUGUAUGGCAGGAAGACAGAGCUGUUUGUGGACAGGGAGACAGAGCUGAGGAAUUUCCAGGUGCUCCGUGCCCAUGGCUGUGCCCCAGACCUGUACUGCGCCUUCCAGAACGGGCUCUGCUACCAGUUCCUGCCUGGCAUCGCGCUGGGCCCCGACCACGUGCGGGACCCUCACAUCUUCAGGCUGGUGGCACAGGAGAUGGCUCGUGUCCAUGCCAUCCAUGCCAACGGGAGCCUGCCCAAGCCCAUCCUCUGGCAGAAGCUGCACAAAUACCUCACCCUGGUGAAGACAGAGCUCAGCCCAAAGGUAUCCAACCCCAGCCUCCAGCAGGAUGUGCCCAGCCUGGAGGUGCUGGAACAGGAGCUGGCCUGGAUGAAGGAGACACUAUCACAACUGGGAUCUCCUGUGGUGCUCUGCCACAAUGACCUGCUCUGCAAGAACAUCAUCUACAACAGGGCACGAGAGCACGUUCGCUUCAUAGACUAUGAGUACACAGGGUACAACUACCAGGCCUUUGAUAUUGGAAACCACUUCAACGAGUUUGCAGGUGUGAAGGAGGUGGAUUAUGGGCUCUACCCCAGCAAGGAGACCCAGCUGCAGUGGCUGCACUCCUACCUGCAGGCCUACAAGCAGCUCACCCAGGGGGAGGGAGGCACUGAAGUGUCUGAGGAGGAGCUGGAGGCUCUCUACGUGCAAGUGAACAAGUUUUCUUUGGCAUCCCAUUUCCUCUGGGCAUGCUGGGGCCUGAUCCAGGAUAAAUACUCUACCAUAGACUUUAAUUUCUUAAGAUAUGCAAAGUUAAGGUUUAAACAGUACUUCAAGAUGAAGCCAGUGGUCACAGCCCUGCAGGUCUCCAAAUAGCACCGUUGGCUCCGAGCCCCUGAGCUAUUCUGUCCUCGCUGCGUCCACAGCCCUCGCGUCCCCCUCGCCCCUUCCCACCCCACUCGGGGGCGAGGGCAGGUCCUGCCGGUGG